AUGGCGAUUGAGAAGAACAACUUCAAGGUUUCGAGGUUUGAUUCAGAGUUUUCUCCCGGUAGUAGGAAGAGUAUGUCUAGUGACGAGGAUGAGCUACAACAGCGUAGCUCUGCUGCUGAAUCUGAUGAUGAUGAUGAAUUUGAUGAUGCGGACUCUGGGGCGGGGUCUGAUGACUUUGAUUUGUUGGAAUUGGGGGAAACUGGUGUGGAGUUUUGCCAAGUUGGGAGUCAGACUUGCAGCAUUCCUUUUGAGUUGUAUGAUAUUCCAAGUCUUGAAGAUAUAUUGUCAGUGGAUGUAUGGAAUGAGUGCUUGAGUGAGGAGGAGCAGUUUGGCCUCACUAAGUAUCUGCCUGAUUUGGACCAGGAGACCUUUAUGAUUACCUUGAAAGAGCUUUUUACAGGUUGUAACUUCCAUUUUGGGAGCCCUGUUAAGAAGUUGUUUGAUAUGUUGAAGGGAGGUUUGUGCGAGCCGAGAGUUGCUCUUUACCGGGAGGGUUUGAAUUUCUUUCAGAAGCGGCAACACUACAAUAUUUUGAGGAAGCAUCAGAAUAAUAUGGUUAGUAAUCUCUGUCAGAUAAGGGAUGCUUGGCUUAAUUGCAAGGGAUAUAGUAUUGAGGAGAGGCUCCGGGUGUUGAAUAUUAUGAGAAUCCAGAAGAGUUUGAUGGGUGAGAAGAUGGAAGAUAUGGAGACUGACUCCUCAGAAAGGGAGUCGGGUGAAGGCUUACAGAUCAACAAGAUCAAGGACAGGAAAGUUGCACAGAAAAUCGCUCGUUAUUCUCCAUACGGGGUGGGUACAAAUGUGGAUUUUGCAUCAAGAGGGCGGUCAUCAGCUAUGGAACUGGCAAAAUAUGGGAAGCAGAAUCCAAAAGGUAUACUGAAGAUGGCUGGGUCGAAGACUUCUUCAGCAAAAGAGCUAGCAAGCCAUUCUGGACCAUACAGUUCAGCAGUCGCUCCUCCUCAGCAGCUUAAGGCCGGAGGAUAUGAUUCCAGGGCAACACUCAGAAUGAGGGAUCAGUUGAUAAGUGGUGAUGAUGUUGAAGACACAACAUAUGGAAUUGGUGUCCAGCGAGAUAGAAGCUUGUCUCGUAGUAGCUUGAUGGACAAGUCUGGUGUUUUCAAAGUGGGAAAGAAGCUGGACCUAUUAAGAGGUGAUGAAUUAAUCACUGACACCUUGCUGGGUGUGCCUGUCUCCUCAAAGACUGAUGUACAUGCCUAUGGUAGGAACCGCAAUGCAAACCUUUUGUCAGAGUCAAAGGUAAUAACAGCAAAGCCUCCUAACUUGAGGACCCCCUAUGAUUUUGGUAAAAAGGCCAAGUAUCCAGAAAAUGUUCAGCAAUUUACAGUUGGGGAUCAGAUGAAGUCCUUGAAAAGCAGACUUCCACAACCACCGCUAAGAGGAGAUCGAGCUGACUCGUCAGAUCGCGCAGAACUAUUCUGGCAUAACAGGACUGAAGGGGAGACUUUUCCUAUGGAUUCGCCCUUAAGAGCGGAUGACCGGAAUGUUAGGAGCAAGAAAUGGAAGAUUGGGAGGGAGUCUCCUGAUUUAAAUUACAAAUCAUAUAGAGCUUCCCCACCACAGAUGAAUGAUAGAUUUUUAUCUUCUGAAUUUAGAUCAAAACCAUUUCAAGAGAAGAUAAGAGGGAAUAGAGUACAAAAUGGAGGAUCAGACAUGGCGGCAGUGAAAAGUAAUAGAGUGUUUGUUAAAAAUGAAGAUACAGAAUCAGACUCAUCAGAGCAAUUUGAAGAUGAUGAGGAUAGCAACCCUUUGUUGAGGAGUAAGCUGGCUUAUCCCAGUGGUGUUAUGGAGGCUUCACCAUCUUCUUUGUUGAAGCCUGCUCUAGAUGCAAAAAGGGGCAAAUAUGUGAAGAAAGAGGCGAAAGAUAGUUUACGGGCCCUUGAUGGGAUCAAUUACCCCUCCAACAAGAUGGGUGGUUUUGUUGAACAUGGACAUAUGCGUAGUCUAGAAAACUAUUCUGCCAAAGCAAAACAAAAGGGUAAGAUGCGAGACAAUAGUCCCAUGCAUAACUCUUCGACCAGAGUUUUGGAAGAACGCUAUGUCUCGGGCUUGGGUAAAUUUCAUGAUGAGGAUGAUGAUUAUGAUGAACAGAAACAAAUCUACAAAUUGGGCAAGAAUGCCCAAUUUGAAGGGGAAGCUGGUGAAAGGUUGCACAUACCUUCAUGGAAGACCUACCCUACUACGGGAAAGCAGAAAAGAGAAGUUGGCCAUGAUCAUUCUGUACCACAGUCUCGUUACUUUGUUGAUGAAGAGGAUGACUCACUUGAAGUGCGAUCGCUAGCUAAUGGUAGUGGACAUGGUAGAUUCAGGAAGAAAGGUCAGAACACUGAAGCAUAUGUGAGUGAUCGCCAUGAACGAAUUGAAGUCCCACUAUUAGGGUGCAAUUUGAUGACAAAGAAGCGGAAAGGUAAGGAGGAUUCAGACACUGGUAGAGGAGAUGACGAUGGUGACUUACAGUCUAACCAUUUGCAACGUAGUGUUGAUUCCAAUUCCUUGAAAAAAAAGGCAAAGAGGAAGGUGGAGAAUGACAAUAUCAGCUCAGAUGUAGAAAUUUCUGAUCCACCAAUUACGGAAAUGGGAGCAACAGAUAUGGAGCCGGAAACCAAGCCCCAGAAAAAACCAUUUAUUCCAAUUACACCUACUGUUCAUACUGGCUUCUCAUUCUCGAUUGUACAUCUUCUUUCAGCUGUUCGCUUGGCAAUGAUAACUCCGCUUUCAGAAGAUGCUUUUGAUGUUGGGGGACCUAUAGAUGAGCAUAACAAAAAUCGUGAGGGUUGUGUAAAUGGGGUUCUUUCUCGUCAAAAGGUGGAUGCCAAUAACUCAGAGCUUGCUGGAGAAGUGAAUAUGCCUUCUCUAACAGUUCAGGAGAUUGUGAAUCGUGUUAGAUCGAAUCCGGGAGAUCCUUGUAUUCUUGAGACACAAGAGCCACUUCAGGAUCUGGUGAGAGGAGUUCUAAAGAUAUUUUCUUCAAAAACAGCACCUUUAGGAGCAAAGGGUUGGAAGACACUGGCCGCGUAUGAAAAAGCUACAAAAAGCUGGUCAUGGACUGGUCCAGUUUCUCAUGGUUCAUCAGAUCAUGACACCAGUGAUGAGGUGACAUCUCCUGAAGCGUGGGGUCUUCCUCACAAAAUGCUUGUCAAGUUGGUUGAUUCGUUUGCUAAUUGGCUCAAAUGUGGGCAAGAGACCCUUCAACAAAUCGGAAUUCUUCCGGAACCGCCCUUGGAGUUGAUGCAGCUCAACCUGGAUGAGAAAGAACGGUUCAGGGAUCUAAGAGCUCAAAAGAGUCUUAACACCAUUAACCCAAGUUCGGAAGAAGUGAGAUCUUAUUUCCGUAAGGAGGAAGUUCUCAGGUAUUCAAUUCCAGACAGGGCCUUCUCUUACACAGCAGCUGAUGGUAAAAAAUCCAUUGUUGCCCCAUUAAGAAGGUGUGGUGGUAAGCCAACAUCAAAAGCUCGAGAUCACUUUAUGCUGAAACGUGAUCGACCGCCACAUGUUACAAUUCUUUGUCUUGUGAGAGAUGCAGCUGCAAGAUUGCCUGGAAGUAUUGGCACCAGAGCAGAUGUUUGUACUUUGAUAAGAGAUUCUCAGUACAUUGUUGAAGACGUGUCUGAUGCACAAGUUAAUCAAGUUGUUAGUGGAGCCCUGGACCGUUUGCAUUAUGAGCGUGAUCCUUGUGUGCAAUUUGAUGGGGAAAGAAAAUUAUGGGUAUAUUUGCAUAGAGAAAGAGAAGAAGAAGAUUUUGAGGAUGACGGUACUUCAUCUACAAAGAAAUGGAAGAGGCAGAAAAAGGAUUCUGCCGAGCAACCUGACCAAGGAGCAGUAACAGUGGCUUAUCAUGGGACUGGGGAACAAGCUGGGUAUGAUUUGUGCUCUGAUCUCAAUGUCGAGCCAUCAUCAUGUUUGGAUGAUGUGAGACAAGAUGUGGAGGAUAAUGUUGAUACCAAUCAUGGGUCUGAACAAGAUGAAAUGCACCAAGAUGAUCCAAUUCUUUGGGAGGAGGGUCUGGGCUUAAAUCCAAUGCGAGAAAACAAAUUGCUAUGUCAGGAAAAUUCCACGAAUGAAGAUUUUGAUGAUGAAACGUUUGGGAGAGAAAGGACAGUUGGGCUCUUGAGUGCAAGCUUACUAUGA